CCGGUCCAACAGAGGACGCUGUCGGAAACGUGUGUUCCCAAACUGUGUCCAUCAUCUGACGGACACUCAGCUGGCCCUGGACUAGUUUUUGACAACAACCAUUCUGUCGACAAUGUUCACAUCUUGACUAUUGGCCCCAAAAUUGUCAUAACUUACCAUUAGUCUGCUCCCCUUUAUCCUCUAAAGUCACCCAUCAUGGAGCCAACUGCGCCCAAAAGCAAGCUGAAAAAGCUGAGUGAAGACAGUUUGACCAAACAACCAGAGGAAGUGUUUGAUGUUCUAGAGAAACUUGGUGAAGGUUCCUAUGGCAGCGUGUUCAAAGCCAUCCAUAAGGAGUCGGGUCAGGUGGUGGCUAUCAAGCAGGUUCCUGUGGAAUCUGACCUGCAGGAGAUCAUCAAGGAGAUUUCUAUCAUGCAGCAGUGUGACAGCCCUUACGUAGUGAAGUACUAUGGCAGCUACUUCAAAAACACAGACCUGUGGAUUGUCAUGGAGUACUGUGGAGCCGGCUCUGUGUCUGACAUCAUCCGACUGCGCAACAAGACGUUGACAGAGGAGGAGAUUGCUACUAUCCUGAAGUCGACACUAAAGGGUCUUGAAUACCUUCACUUCAUGAGGAAGAUCCAUCGGGACAUCAAGGCAGGAAACAUCCUCCUCAACACUGAGGGACACGCCAAACUGGCUGACUUUGGAGUUGCAGGACAACUAACGGACACAAUGGCAAAGAGGAACACUGUGAUUGGUACUCCAUUCUGGAUGGCGCCUGAGGUGAUCCAGGAGAUCGGCUACAACUGUGUGGCUGACAUCUGGUCCCUGGGCAUCACAUCCAUAGAGAUGGCAGAGGGCAAACCCCCCUAUGCGGACAUCCAUCCCAUGAGAGCGAUCUUCAUGAUCCCCACCAACCCUCCUCCGACAUUCAGGAAGCCGGAGCUUUGGUCUGACGAAUUCACAGACUUUGUCAAGAAGUGUCUGGUUAAAAACCCCGAGCAGAGAGCUACAGCCACACAGCUCCUACAGCACCAGUUUAUCAACCAGGCCAAGCCGGUCUCAAUCCUGAGGGACCUGAUAACUGAGGCCAUGGAGAUGAAAGCCAAGAGGCAGCAGGAGCAGCAGAGAGAGCUGGAGGAGGAGGACGACAACUCUGAGGAGGAGACGGAAGUGGACUCCCACACUAUGGUGAAGUCGGGCUCUGAAGGCGCAGGAACCAUGCGGGCCACUAGCACCAUGAGUGACGGGGCGCAGACCAUGAUCGAACACGGCAGCACCAUGCUGGAGUCAGACCUCGGCACCAUGGUCAUCAACAGUGAUGACGAUGAAGAGGAGGAGGAAGACCAUGGAUCCAUGAGAAGGCACGCCACCCCGCAGCAGCCAUUGCGUCCGUCCUUCAUGGACUAUUUCGACAAGCAGGACUCCAACAAGGCAGCGCAGCAGCAGGAGAACUACAACCACAACCAGCCGCAGGAGCAGCCCGGCUACCACAUCCAGUCCAAAAAUGUCUUCCCGGACAACUGGAAAGUGCCUCAGGACGGAGACUUUGACUUUCUGAAGAACUUGGACUUUGAGGAGCUGCAGCUGCGCCUUACAGCCUUGGAUCCGAUGAUGGAGCGUGAGAUUGAGGAGCUCCGGCAGCGAUACACUGCCAAAAGGCAACCCAUCCUGGAUGCCAUGGAUGCCAAGAAGAGAAGACAACAGAACUUCUAAAUGCCCCUCCCUCUAGUCUCCCAAAGCCACUAUUGAUUCAAAACUUACUUCCCAUUGACUCAGAGGAACUAAGAUGACUUUAAUGUACCUGCCUGACUGCUAGGCGGCCUCUAUAAAAGGCUUAUUGAGAUCCAUUUAGGCUGCUUGAAUCUACACUUCUCUUCCUUCUUUCUAUAAUCCAUCUAAAUCUUAUAUUUCAGCUCCUGUAAAGUUGCUUUACCAUGAAUGAUUCUCAGGACUGCGGCCAAAGAGAAAACUUAAGGCCUGGCUAUAUUACGUCUGAAAGUCUCACCAUAAUUUCCCCUUUUUUCCAAAUGAAACUACAUUCCAUGUCACACUAUUGAGAUUCCCCUCCAACGUCCGGAAGCCUUUCCUCUGGCUGUAGCAGCAGAAUAAUAGCAGUGGUCCAUGACAAGUGGUCUUUUUUCCUCAGACUUUUCACUAUCACUGUAAAUAUAAUAUAGAGCCUAGUUUGGAAAUACCUGCAAAAGCUGUGGAGGCUUGACAAUGACCAAAGACAAUCAAGAUGAUGUUGAGAAUGCCUUAAAUAUUUGAUAGCUGGUUUUAAAAUGAGCCAUGGACAGAAGUGAAGGAAAUCAUGUGGGCGGUGAAAAACGGAUCAUGCAUGUUAUUAUGGAGCACCAGAAAAACAUGAGUUUAUUAUUUUGUUAAUUUUCAUUUGGGUAAAUAAGUUGUUUUUUGGCUCUUCUCUGCUUUCCAUGAAUAUAACAUCUGAGCUUUUUCUUGUUAAAUGAUCCACUGUCAAAUGAAAUCCAGAGUUGGCAGCAGAAUUCAUUCCAUAGACAAAAGACAACUGACUAUCAUAACAGCAAAGCAUUCCGCAAUACUGUUUUAUUUUAAUGUACCUGGAGUCUUUAGAAAACCUGCAGAUUGACUUUAAAGAUUGUUUCUGUUAUUGUUCCAUUCAUGUGAUCAACUUCAAAUUCCAGUUUGACUUUCUACAACGUUUAAACUAUAUGCAGAGCAGUAAACAAGACCAUGACAGUUCAGCCCUCAAUAAAGAUAACUAGAUCGCCGAAGAGUCAAAUAAACAGACUCCCUUUGCGAUAAAAGAUGCAAAGGAACGACUGGGUGUUUAAACUACAGACAACAGAGCUGCUGCAUCACCCAUACAUCUUCUAUCUAAAUUAAGAUUUUUUGAUAAUAUUUUCCUUUACCAUUCAUCUGUUGUCCCUUAUUUCUACAGUAAAGUUUUCUGAUCAUAACUGAAGGAAUCAAGAUUUGCCGUGUGAUUUGCGACACGUGCUUAUUUUUCAAUCCCUUAACACUAUUUAUGAUGUUAACACUGUAAAACUGUGUGAGUGCAGUGAUCCAUUAUACUGUGGUUUAAACUGAUUUAAGGAAAGCAAAACUGGUUGUUAAUCCAUGCAUUUAUUCUGAAAAUAUUAUAAAUAUGUUGCGUUGAUAUCAGAUUUUCAGUUGAGCUUAAUUUUGUCAACAUUUAUUUGAAAGCCCUUGUUACUCUGAAUUAAUGAGGGUCACAAACUGCUCUGCUGUGGUUGUAGUUUAGUUAUGACAUUGGUUUGACACGUUAAUCUUUGAAUGAAUUAUGUCUUUAAAUCAAAUUUACAUUAAAUCUGCAGGUUGUUGUUACAUAUGAAUGUUAAUACGCAGUCUUGAUGGUUCAACCCAUACUUGCUGCAUAUUAAUUGUCAUUUUUAUCAUACCUUAUUCUUAGAACUCUACCUUAAGUCUCAUUUGGUGGACAAUGUCCCCGUAAUGAGCCAAAAUAUGAGACAUUUUAAACACCUGAAUCAAAAUUGAAAUCACCUUAAAUGAUCAUAUCUGACUGUGUUUUUUUUACCUCUUCUUCACUUAAAACAUUAACAGCCUUCCAAUGACUUAUUUUCAUUAAUUCGGUAUGCAGUGCAUUGGCAACUUAAACACAAGCAUUCACAAUUUAUUUAUUAAAUAUGUUUUUUUGUGACGCUGGUUAAAAUGUUGUAGCUAAGACGGCUGUUAUUAUUUCUGCCUUUUGUCAAAUAUAUGUGGCUUGAUUUCCACGUGUUAAUCUAUGCAUGUUUAUAAUUAUGUUUGCUAUUAAGUGGAAUGCUUUUGUAUUAAGUGCAAAGUACUGUUUACAUGGAAGCUGGAUUUUCAGCUUUAACAGAAAUUAUUCGCUCUGUACAAUUAAAAAAAAGCCCUGUUUGUAAUAUGACAUUGUGGAUAAUCGGCCAUAUGUAUAAUUAUCUGAAAUCAAUGACAUAUAGCUAUAUAAUUUUGUUUCCAUUUAUUCCUCUGUUGUUUCCGCUAUAUAAAGACUUGAGUGUAGAGUGGAAUGUAAGCAUUUAAGUUUGAACCACCUAAUUUAUUAUCUUUUGUUUGUAAUACUUUAUUUUGAAAAGGUGCAAGAAAUAAUAAAGUUACUUAUAGUUAACCAUAA